AUGAUUGCCAAGUCAUUCAUCAACCUCGCCACAGCUCUGCUAGCAGGUGCUUCUCCCAUCACCGAUGCUUCAUCAUGCAGUGCUGGCCGUCCAAAGCCAAGUCUUCCUUCUACAGGCGGUGACACCGAGCUCCAGGCCCCGUCCGGCAACCUGACCCUCAAGCACAUUGCCCUGGGCUUCGGCAUCCAGAACUACACCUGCGCGGGCGUCGACGCCACCCCCAAGGCCACCGGCGCCCUGGCCGUCCUCUACGACAUCACCGACCUCUACCCCGGCCAGACCUACCGCUCCCUCCCGUCCGUCGCCGCCUUCCAGCAGCUCGGCGUGACGGCCAUGUACGGCUGCGACGUGCCCCUCAACCUCGACUCGUCCGCCCUGACGGGUUCGGCCGGCAUCAUCCACCAGGGUGCCGACGCCGCCGCCCCCUUCCCGGCCGACGCGCCCCUCGAGAUCGAUGCCGACGCCGCCGCCGCCGCUCUGCCCUCCUCCCUGUCCUCCGCCGCCUUCUCCGGCUCCAUCCCCUUCCUCGGCCACCACUUCUUCGACGCCAGCAGCGUGCCCAACUUCGUCCUCUCCGACCUCGACUACGUCGGGUCCAAGGACCAGGAGGUCCCCGCGCCCAAGACGGCCGACAAGGGCGUCGACGGCACCGGCGCCGUCAGCUGGCUCCGCCUAGGGCCCAAGGACGGCACCUACGGGGCCAAGGAGCUGUACCGCGUCACCACCGUCGGCGGUGCCUCGCAUGGCUGCUCCGAGGAGGGUCGAGACAGUACCACUUAUACGGCUCAGUACUGGUUCUUUGAGUGA